AUGUGGGAGUCCUCACAUUCGCCUUCACCACAGCAAGGUGAACAGAGACUUCCAUGCAAGAUUCAUCAGAGUAAGGGCCGUGUAGUGGCCCGGGAUUACGAGGUAGCGGUCCAGCAACUUAUCAAGUAUGCGAUCAGCCAUUUUUGUGUCUGGCUCACAUCUGAGUAUGCCUAUCCAGAUCAAAUGACUCAGGUAUUGUGGGCAAAGGAGGCCUGGAAGGAGGCCUGCAACUAUUAUGAAGUAGAGAUAGGUUUUAAUGGAGAGAUUAUACAAUUGAUUACCCGGCGCACCUCGCAUCUCACGAGUGAGGUGAAAGGGAAGGUUCACCCACUUGUCGAGAAUAUUUACGGUUUCAAGUCCACCAAUCGCGAGUCCAUCAAGUCUAGGAAUCGAAAACUCGCCCACCAGCUCAAGGAUAAAUUUGGCAUGUGUUACCAGGACCUCGGGGACAAAAAGAACAAUGUGCCUCGCAGUGGUCUAUUUCAUUCAAGGUUGAAUCAGCAAGCAGCGAAUUUAAUUUGGUACCACAACAAGAAGGAUGAUGGAGUUGUGUUCGAGAAAGUUUUUUCGCCAUUUCCGAUACCCGCAUUGGCCUUGGCUGAAUGCUGCAUUGAUGAAUGGUGCGACGGUGAAUGCGUGGAUAUCAGCUUUUUGAGUGGUGAAUACAGGGAAGCUUAUGAUCGGCAUCUCGCGAACCUCAAAAAAUUUCACGCUCGAACGAAGGAUCAUGGGAUACUGAAUAGUAUCCUGACAGAACUCAACAAUACUGGCAGGUAA